AUGCCAACCCUCAAGGAUCUGGUUUGCCAGGUCCUGUGGGCUGAUACAGCUUCUCCUUUCCCCGAACAUGGAACUCAGUACGGGGACGGCGUGGUUGAGACGUACAUUGCCAUUCCUAGUCAUCCUCAAGCCUUCAACAUUCGACUUAGUUCACGGAAGUUCAUCUACGAAGGGUUGGCAAUGGUUGUCUUCAUCGACGGAGAGUAUCAAUGCAACCGAAACCGAGUCAACUUACAACCUCCCAGGAAAGACAUAUCCAAGAGCAGAAGCGUCGUUGAAUUUGUUGUGAGACAGAAAGAGAAGCCCAUGGGAGAUGGAACAUACAUGGGCCGAGAGUGGCGCUUCGACGACUACAACCUUGUGCCUAAGAUGCCCCAAGGUAUUGACGACACCCACUUUCGUGAGCUUGGAACAAUCGAAGUCCUGGUCUUACGCUGCCGGAUGUCGGACGUCGAAGAGGAUAUGUCGACAUCUUCUUCUGCCGAGGACAGUGAUAUUUUUGGUUCAAGAGUUGACAGCGAUGGACAAAGCACAUGCCAAUCACGCACAACCUCCCAGGGUGAAGCCGAACGUGCAAAAGACGACACACCAGAAAAUGAAGCAGAUAGUCUACUGGCCGGCAUGACGGGUCUCUUUGACGGUCCCGGCGAUGAAUAUCCGCCAAUGUAUGACAAUUUCCAAGGUGAUGCGCCUCCGAACCGUUAUCCUCCCUGGGCAUGGCAUUCUCAGGGGGGUCAAUCAGCGCCAUAUAGCCCGCAUGAGGCGACCUCAUAUGCGCAGAACUACCGUCCAGAUCCUUUCUAUCAACACCCUGGUGGACCCUCUCACACAUAUCGACCGACUUCAAGCACACCUUCCUAUGAGCAUCAUGCCUACCGCCCUCCAAGACCAGAGAGACGCGUGCACUUUGAUCUUGGUGAUGGCAGAGGUCCUCAGCAACAUCACCGCAUGACAUCCGACAUGAGGUACGAUGAUCGAAACCGAUACUAUGUUCCAGGUGCUUGGAGAGAAGAACAUGACUACAACCGGCCAGUACCUGACCCGACUUACCGCGAGAGAAGUAAUCACAGAGGGACGCACUCUUACGCUGACUAUCCACCUUCACCGCGAGAUCGUCAUUACAUGUAUGAUGCCGAGGAGAAGGCAUACAGUCACUAUCCUGAUGUUAAUCUGCAUGACAGCUAUCCGCCGCGUACUCCAUCUGCCAGCUCAUACAUGCAACAUGGGAACUCUGGUCAUCCUUUUCCUCCAUAUCAGGCACACCUUCAGCCCACAGGAAUACCGAUGCCUGGUCCGACACCAUUAUCAUUUCCUGUUCGACCGUCCGCUCCCCCGCACUCUUUCCCAGCGGCGCCGUGGACUGCAAUGAAUCCACAACCAGUCCCAGUAGUCUGGCCCCUUCCACUUGCAGGUCCCGCUCAACCACCAAUACCGGGUACGGUUCCUGUAUACCCGCCGCCGAAUAAUGCACCACUCUUCCACGCUUCAGCACCCAAUCCUGCCGCCACCACGGGUGUCCCACCGGUCUCAACCUUCGCCAGCUCUGGACCCGGUCCAGCAGUUAGUCAAGCCGAUGCAGACACAGCUUGGAUGUCUGGAGCUCAGCAGACACCGGCCGUUAUCGACACCGAGAAAGAAGGGAACCAAUCCACCACAAACACCGAUGUCAAGGAUGCCGAAGAUCCCCCAAGAGACGCAGCCGGUCAGAAUUCUACAUAUCCCAGUUGGAAUGAUAAUAAACAGCCGGACAAUGCCAGCAACGAUUCGAAAGGUAGUGCAGAUAACAACAGUCCGGGCAAUGAUCAGGCCAACAAUGAGGGCCACGGCUGGGACCAGAGUGACCAGAACGCUAAGGGUUGGGGUGACGACGAACAAAAAGCAGACAGUGGCAACAAGCACUCAAAUGGAGGCUGGGACAAUUAUUCAAAGGACAAAUCGAAUGGCAACAACAAGUCCAGUUCAAAUGCAACCAAGCGUGCUCUCUACGGGCCAUACGGCGCUUAUUUCACCACAAAGGCUGCCGCAGAGACCGCAGUCUCGCCGGAUGCUGAGGAAGAGCCCAGAUAUGAUGUGCCUCGAGCCAUUGCUGAGAACAUGGGCACUUCCAAACAGGUCCAGCCUGGACCAGGAUACAUAUACAACAAAAAGAGAUGUGUUCCGGAAUACGUCGACAGCCUCGCAGAGCCAUAUGCCAGGUUUGUGUUCAAAUAUCGUACCAAAGAGCAGAUCAAGAAGGAGAUCGGAAUCGAAGUCGGACUUGACCCAACACCGAACGAGGACGCCAAUACACUGGAGAGCUUGGACAAGGCUGAAUUGAUCGAAAUGGUGCUGAGAGCAAAAGGCGCCUUGGGAGGGAAGAUACCCAGCCCACCAGCCAAAAUCACGACACCUGCAUCGACGCAUUCUAACGAACAGAUCCCCGUUUCCGCACCGGAUGUCGGCUUCCUCAGUUACAAGUUGCCAGCAGCCCGAAAGGUUUCCGAUAAUCCUGGGCUUGGGAUCCAGUCUCGACUGGCAACCAGCCCUGGCAGCAGAAAUGGCAGCCGCCGCGGCAGCGCCACGAAUGAACAACAAAAUGCAAGUUGGGCAGACAAUGGGCCGGCCAACUGGCAGGACGAAGGCAACAACAACCAGCAGAGCAGCAAUAAUGAGGCUCCAGGCGGCGGGUGGGAUCAGAACAAUAACGAAGCCAACAAUACCCGUGGUGGCUGGGAUGGACAACAGGAGAGAAGUGACGCGACAUCUCCCGAGCAAAAGCAAGACACUCCCAGACAGUCCUGGGACAGUAGCGGCGGUCGGUCAGCCGCUCAAGACGAACAUGGAGCGAGGCCCGCUGAAGAUGCAUGGAAGAAGGUCAGCUUUCACGCAUCCGGUGUCGUGCAACCAGCAACAACCUAUUCACUUUCACAAGAGGGUACUGCAGCCAGGACAAGUGGAUCGACAAGUACUUUCGUACCUUUGUCGACACCGGACUAUUCGUUCGUGCCGCAAACCCCAGCCUAUGCGCCAGCACGGCAAACAACCCCUUCCAUACGAGGCAACACACCUGUAGCGACACCCCCUUGGAUGCAAGCCAACCAUGCAUUCCCGAUCAACCCGUCUCCACCAGUCAAUGCUGCAAUGGCGGCAAUGCCAUACAUGCCAAGAUAUCCGACCAUGGCAGCAAACCCAGCAUAUGGAGCACACACACCGGUCCCAAUAUACCCGUGGCCGCAAGCAACUCCCCCGACGCAAGCAUACUCUACGAUGCGCCACACGGUUGCACCGACAAUGUCGUGGACGCACGCAAAUACCACCCGCCCAGGAUAUGUGUCAAUGCCGGUGAACCCAGGAUAUCCGACAACAAGAGCAUACCCAACAAGACCACCAAAUACGAUAUCCCCUCCCGCACCACCAAAUGUAACAUACCCAGCCUACCCAGCCUACCCAUGGUCCACACCGCCAAAUCCAGUGACCGCAACAAUGCCAGAAACAGCAAUGCCACCAGGAGUUGCAGCCGCAGCAGAUCCCUGGGCACAACAACAACCAGCAGCAGGCAGUGCUUCAGUCCAACCUCCUUCUUCCCCACCUUUGGUCGUGACAUCCCCACACCCAAUCUACUCCCCAGGCACUGCAGCCCUGGUGGCCGAAAAUCCAAUGUACGAAGAAAUGUUCCUGAAGAAUCGGCCUGUAGGCUUCGAUCCCGGUCCGCGACCGCCUACUCCGCCGAAGAAUCCGGCGCGGGAGUGGGAACAUGGACGGGAAGAGGACAAGAACUUUGAGCCUAUCGGUCCUGGUUGGUCGAGUGGACUGCCUUACGAGUGGUGA